AUGGGUAUAUGUAAUAGUAAAUCAAAGCCAAAUAAGAGUGUUCCCGAUAAAUCUCGUUUCGAGGAUAGUAUAAAACAUCAUGAUAUAGAGAAUAAUAUGUAUUAUUUACCCAAUGAUAUCGAUGAAUCUGACAGAUUACAAAUUCUGCAUUUCGUAGAGAGAUAUAUUUGGCAAAGUAAUUUUUUCGCCCCGAUUAAUCAUCUCCUUAAUCAGGAAGGUGCAAUGGUUCUGGAUGUAGGAACAGGUCGAGGUUCUUGGUUACUUGAAAUGGCAACUAAAUAUCCAAAUGCAAAAUUUAUCGGAAUGGACAUUUCUCCUGUUCAACUAAAUGUUAGCAAACCUAAAAAUGCUGAAUUUAUUGAAGCAAAUAUAUUAGAACAUUUACCAUUUGCUGAUAAUACAUUCGAUUAUGUGUUUCAACGAUUUUUAAAUGUCGGUAUACUUACAAAAAGUUGGCCAUCCGUGAUUAGUGAAUUAGUCCGCAUACUAAAACCUGGUGGUUAUAUUGAGUUAAUGGAAGGUGAAAUUCUAUUUAAUAAUAUGGGGCCUGCAACAACAAGGCUUAUGAAUGGCAUGAUAAUUAUAUUUGAUGAAAGCGGUUUAGAUUCAAUGGCAUGUCAUAAAAUACAUGGUUAUUUAGAAGAGCAUAAACACCUUCAUAACGUUCAUUAUGAAAUAAAGAAACAUAUGGAUUUUGAAUGUGGUGAAAAGUUUUAUAAAAUGAAGUAUCAAAUUUAUGCUAACGGUCUCGUGGCCGUGAAACCAAAACUUAUAAAUAUAAUUGAAGCUUCUAGUGAUGAAUAUGAUGAAUUGCUUAAAAAAAUGUGUGAUGAAAUGAUAGAGAACGAAUCUUUUGGUCUGCGAGUACGUGUUUAUGCUCAGAAACUAGAUACCAGUAAUACUAAUGUUAAGAGUUGUUAA